CACAGUGCAGAGUCCAUCUGCUGAAAGAGAAGGACACACUGACGUCCAGCAGGGAACCAUCAAGAUGAGAGUCUUUGUGCUGCUGUUCGUCCUGCUGAUUCCUGGUGCCAACGCCUUCCAGUACAGUGAGUUGGCUCAAUAUGUCGAGAGCCAAAAGGAGCGAUACGUAGAGUCUCUCCGUGAGUGGGUCGCCAUCGAGAGUGACUCCAGCAAUGUGCUGAAGCGACCACUACUGCACCACAUGAUGGAGGUGGUUGCUGAGAAACUUCGGUUGAUGAGGGGAAACGUGGAAAUGGUAGACAUUGGAGAGCAGGAGCUCCCCGAUGGUCAAACAAUCGCACUACCUAAAGUUGUCACAGCUCAGUUUGGAAAUGACUCCAACAAGCACACAGUGUGUGUCUACGGCCAUGUGGAUGUGCAGCCCGCAAAGCUGGAGGACGGUUGGCUCACUGAUCCUUAUAAUCUGACCGAAAUCAAUGGGAGCUUGUAUGGAAGAGGAGCGUCGGACAACAAAGCUCCUGUCUUAGCAUGGAUCCAUGCUGUGGAGGCAUACCAGAAACUCAACAUGGACCUGCCUGUUAACGUGAAAUUCGUCAUUGAGGGCAUGGAAGAGACCGGCUCCAAUGGGCUGGAUGCCAUGAUCUUCGCUCAGAGAGACACCUUCUUCUCUGACGUGGAUUACAUCAUUAUUUCAGACUGUGGCUGGCUGAGCAGGCGUCCAGCACUGACCUAUGGCACUCGGGGAAACUGCUACUUCUUUGCAGAGGUUGAAGGCCCUAAGCAGGACUUGCACUCUGGGGUCUAUGGAGGCACUGUGAUAGAACCCAUGACGGAUGUCAUUGGAAUACUUGACACUUUGAUCAGCCCUGCUGGAAAGAUCUUGAUUCCAGGGAUCCGGGAGGCAGUCGCGCCCCUCUCUGAUGAGGAAUGGAAAAUGUACCAGGAUAUAGAGUUUGACAUGGAAAACUACAAGAACAAAAUUGGCGUAAGCCAACUCAUGUACAGCAACAAGGUGGACCUCUUGGCUCAUAGGUGGCGAUACCCAACUGUUUCAAUCCAUGGCAUUGAGGGCGCUUUCUCCGAUCCUGGAACCAAAACCGUUAUUCCAGCGAAGGUGACGGCCAAAUUCUCCAUUCGACAGGUGCCUAACAUGGACCCUGCUCAGGUCAAGAAGCAGGUCACAGACUACCUACACUCAGUGUUUGCAAAGAGAAAGAGUCCAAACAAGCUAAAAGUCACGAUGGUAAUCGGAGCAAAGCCUUGGCUGGCUGAAACUAACCAUCCACUGUAUGAGGCGGGAAAGGCAGCUGUCAAGAGAGUGUUCAACCUGGAUCCUGACUUCAUCCGGGAGGGAGGCACCAUCCCCAUAGCCAGAACCUUCCAGGACGUGACUGGGAAAAGCAUCAUUAUGUUACCGAUUGGGGGUUUUGAUGAUGGACUGCAUUCUCAGAAUGAGAAAAUGAACAGGUACAACUACAUCGAAGGAACCAAGUUGUUUGUCGCUUACCUGAAUGAAGUGGCCCAGAUUAGGGAGAGCACGGUGUGAUGUUUCACUCGGCUUCUUUUCGUCUUACCAAUUUCAUUGUUUUGCAUGUAUCCACUCUCAACUUUAAAUGAUAGGUGCGUGCCAAUUCAAAAGCUUUUCAGCCUUCUGUGUGGUGUGGUGGGGUGCCAGGUGUGUCAACGUGUUAUUCUUAUUCAUACAAUGUACGAUAGCAAGUGAUGAAAUAAAAUCUGCAGAACAUG